GCCUUUCCCACCAUAUAUUAUUUCCCCCAUAGUUGUGGUGGGAGCUGGUAAGGUGGGUUAACUCCAGCUCAAGUCUCCGUGAAGCGCAGAGCACUGAUGACGUUGGGUUGGAUGACCAAUCGGGAGGCGCUGCCCUUUGGAGACAAACCAUUUUACUUGUAGUGUCUGCAUCAAGUCUGGAAGCAAGGGCUCAAUUUUAACAGAAUCCACCUUAAAAUCUCUCCCUUAACUUAUGCCUACCUUCCACCACUUUGAGUGAGAAUAUCACAGGACAAGGGGGGGAAAUAAAGACGCCUCGGGAAAAUUCGGGUGUUAAUAGGACAAUAUCUGUUCGCGGUGGAGAGGGGGAGAGAGACAACAACACAGCGAGGGAGAGAGAAAAGCGAUUUGGUCUUGAGAGAGAGGGGGGUGAGUGCUCUCAAGGCAGAAAAUUCGAUGAUGACCAUGACUACGAUGGCUGACGGUCUGGAGGCUCAGGACUCGUCCAAGUCUGCUUUCAUGGAGUUUGGGCAGCAGUCGCACUCGCAGCAGAGCUCCCCGUCGAUGGCCAGCGGCCACUACCCGCUGCACUGUCUCCACUCCGGCUCACACGCUCACCACCAGCACGACAACACCCCGUACCCCGGGACCAACACCUACAACAGGUCGUUACCCUACCCCUACGUGAGCCAUCCGCACCACAGCCCGUACCUGCCAUCCUAUCACAACAACACGGGAGGACAGACAAGGUUAGACGGCACAGAGCAGCAGAAAACGACAGUGAUUGAGAAUGGGGAAAUUCGUUUUAAUGGGAAAGGCAAGAAGAUUCGCAAGCCUCGGACAAUUUAUUCCAGUUUGCAGCUUCAAGCACUGAACCACCGUUUCCAGCAAACACAGUACCUCGCUUUACCGGAGCGCGCCGAGCUGGCUGCCUCACUAGGACUAACACAAACCCAGGUAAAGAUUUGGUUCCAGAAUAAGAGGUCAAAGUUCAAGAAGCUGCUCAAGCAAGGCAGCAACCCGCACGAGAGCGACCCUAUCCCGGGCUCCAUGUCCCUCUCCCCGCGCUCCCCGACCAUCCCUCCGAUAUGGGACGUCUCGGCCUCUUCCAAAGGAGUAAACAUGCCGGCCAACAGCUACAUGCCCGGCUACUCUCACUGGUAUUCCUCCCCACAUCAAGAUUCGAUGCAGAGAUAGACUGACAAGGCAAGAAAAUUACAAAAAACAAAAAAAAUAAAAAUAAAAUAAAGGGGGGGUCAGUGUGAGCUGUCUCUGGGAGGCCUCCGGAUCUCCGCCAUGCAGUCCCCCCCUCCACCCCCCAACGUAGCCUACAAUUUGUGUCAAGUUGCAGAGACUGGAUGCUGGAGGAGAGGAGGAGAAGAAGAAGAAGGAGACGAAGAAAAAAAAAAAAGACACCCCCCCCCCCAACCACCACCUCUGCUGCAGGAUAAAACGCAGCCAAGCCUCGGUGUGAUGACACAAACAAGGGAACUAACCUUUUACCUUUUUUUUUUUUUUUUUUUUUUUUAGCGUACACGGCUGUUCAGUGGGCUCCGCAUAUUUGUUAUGCUUUCAUUCAUGUCAACAUCUGAACGUCAAUAUACCAAAUAUUAUCAGUGACAUUUUCGCCAACUUUGGGGGCAAAAAAAAGGACUUGCUUACACCUCUCCAUGCGGCUGUGGCGCCCUGAACCUUUUCGCCAUGGUGGACUCCUGACUGCUUUUAUUUUUUAAAUUUUUUUCCUCUUUUUUUUGGUUUGGUUUUUUUUUAAUUUCAUUGGUUGUUUUCUUCAACAUGCAAAACCAAGCAAAUUGUCUGUCUGUAAAUAUAAUCUGCGAUUUUAGUUGUACAUACACUUUUUAUGUUUUGUCAGAUUGAGUAAACCGUGACUCAAAAA